AAAAGAACUUGAGGAAGUACAAGAACAAAACAAGAAAAACCCGUCAAAAGAAACAAAAUCGAGCAAAAGUAGUCUUCGACCCUAACCCUCGAUCACAAAUUACAUCUCUCUUCACAUUCAUCCAUUUUCAGCUUAUCUAUCUUAAAAUUUGAUAAAUUUCUACACACAAUUUCAGAUUUCCAGCAUCAAUUUUACCUUUUCCGAAUUUCAGGAGCAAAUUCGAAGUGUGACAGAAAAGAAAUUAAAGGAUAUUUUCGACAAAUUGGAUCUUCCGAAAAUUUGAAGGCUACGAAGCUUUGCGCUGAUGGCAGAGCUAAAGGAGCCCCUCCUUUCAAGGAAACCUGCCUCAGCUGCAAACCUUAGAGAAAUAGCGUAUCAUCCAUCAGGUUCCGGACGUCCACCAUUUCAAGGGAUGGAUGUUUUGGGAUUGAAGAAGCGAGGGCAGAGCAUUCGGUCGUGGAUACGGGUUGAUACUUCUGGGAAUUCGGGGGUAAUCGAAGUUGACAAAUUCACAAUGAUGCGCCGUUGUGAUCUCCCUGCUCGUGAUUUACGAUUGCUUGAUCCGUUAUUUGUGUAUCCAUCCACUAUUCUUGGACGAGAGAAGGCCAUAGUUGUGAAUCUGGAGCAGAUUCGUUGUAUUAUUACAGCUGAUGAGGUUCUUCUUUUGAAUUCCCUUGAUAGCUACGUAUUGCAAUAUGUUGUUGAGCUUCAAAGACGAUUGAGGAAUGCUGGUGCUGUUGAGACUUGGCAGUCAGAAGAUGCUAUGAGCCGAAGAGGCAGUAGAAACUCUGAUACCUCAUCACCUGAUUACUUGCCCUUUGAGUUUAAGGCCCUAGAAGUUGCAUUGGAGGCUGCGUGCUCUUUUCUUGACUCUCAGGCAUCUGAACUAGAGAUUGAAGCAUAUCCACUGCUUGAUGAACUAACAUCGAAAAUCAGUACCUCAAACUUGGAACGAGUACGUCGAUUGAAAAGCAGACUUGUUGCUUUGACCCGGAAAGUGCAAAAGGUUAGGGAUGAAAUAGAGCAGCUAAUGGAUGAUGAUGGGGAUAUGGCAGAAAUGUAUCUUACAGAGAAGAAGUCACGGAUGGAGUUGACAAUGUAUGGUGAACAAUCAAUAUUAGGGUUGAGAUCAAAUGACGGUGCAGUGUCCAUAUCUGCUCCUGUUUCUCCUGUUUCCUCUGCCUUCGAUUCACGAAAAUUAGAUAAAAGCUUCAGCCUCUCAAGAAGCCGGCAUGGAAGCAUGAGAAGUUCAGAAACUGCUACUGAGAGUAUAGAAGAGUUGGAAAUGUUGCUGGAAGCGUACUUUGUGGUCAUUGAUAGCACCCUUAACAAGCUUACAUCACUGAAGGAGUACAUCGAGGAUACAGAAGAUUUUAUUAAUAUUCAGCUGGAUAAUGUUCGUAACCAACUGAUCCAGUUUGAGUUACUGCUAACAACUGCAACUUUUGUUGUUGCCAUAUUUGGAGUGGUAGCAGGAAUCUUUGGCAUGAAUUUCGAGAUUGAAUUAUUUAAUUAUCCUGACGCGUUCAAAUAUACUCUCCUCAUUACAGGAUUUACUGGGCUCGUUAUAUUUGGUUCAUUUUUAUGGUUCUUCCGAUACAAAAGGCUUAUGCCGUUGUAAAUGCCUCUUACCUGCGAAGAUGGGAAAUAAACAAAUGCCGCAGCAAUUCUUUGCGAUUAGGUCUCAUCAGCACUAAAUCUGUUGGGCCAAUUACAAAUAUUCUCUUGAUGUACUUAUAUUUUCGCUCAUUUUUGACGUAUUAUGUGCACUCCUGAUUCACUUUAUCUUGUAUAUAUAAUCUCUAUCUCUAGUA